AUGCCGUUCCAUCCCCUCCAAAUUUCCUCGAUCCUCCGCCCUAUACACAUAACCCUCACGCCUACACACCAAACCCUAAGUUCGCUGGUUCACACCCUCGAUGACCAAUACUACAGCGACAAAAACCUUUCCCAUCCAAAAGCCCACGACGUAACAGCGCCCUUCUUCGACGUGCGCGAGUAUGCCAAGACAUUCAUUCUCGAGGGCGAAUUCCCAGGCAUAGGCGACCCAAAGGAUAUUGUGAUAGACAAACUCGGGCCCAGAACUCUGUUGGUCGAAGCGAACACCGUGCGCUUUGCAUUGGAUGACGAAUGGCGGGAUUUCCAGGGCGAGCAUGGACUUUGGAAAGAGGGAGAGGAGAGAACAGAGGCGCAUGAGAUGAAGGACGGGAAGGAGACGGAGGAGCCGUACCAGGUGCGGUUGAGUGAGAGGCAUGUUGGGUGCUUGCAGAGAAGUUUCACUUUUCCGACGGCGGUGGAUUUGGAUGGUGCGAGGGCGAAGUUGAGGAAUGGGUUGUUGAUUAUUAGAGUGCCGAAGUCGCAGGAUAUUGCUAAGCAUGAUUCGAGUAGGAUUGCUGUUGAGUAUUCUUAG